GCAGAUUUGUGGAAGACGCCAGUUUGAGAAAACAUUUGACCAUGUCUGCAUGCAGCCCAUUGGAAGGCUAUAUAAGCGUCUGAGAGAGAAGCCACUUCUCAUCUUCUCUCGGUGGUCAUCUGGAGCAACUCGUCUCCGCAGCUGAUUGUCGAUCCAGACGCUUGAAGUUAAGCACACGCAGAGACUCGUAACAAGAUGGAGAAAACGGGGAUCAUGUCUUAUCUACUGGCUGUAUGUAUGCUCGUGACGAUGUCACUUGAGCCUGCUGAUGCCGUUGCGGCUUACUUCUACCAGCUCAAGAACUGUCAAGGCGUUGCUGUUGCGUGCUUGAAUCUCAAGCCGAAUUUGUGUUGUGCACUUAAGGGCCAUACAUGGAAAUCGGUGGAGUUCAAAAAUGCGAAGUCCUGCCAAUCAACGUUCGCAUUUGCUGAGAAGCUUUGUAAAGCUCCCGGGGGGACAGCUAAUGGCGACCAUUGCUUCACAAAUCGUCCGUUGUUCAGAACCGCAAAGUACAUAGACAACUGCCAUAUCUCUGGCACGUAUCAUGACAUAGAGGCGGAAACAGCCUGCACCACUGUUGAGCCAAACUCCAUUGUGUACACUGACAGUGCGAGCAAGGGCUCCUGGAUCCUGUACCACGACGAAGCAACCCACGCCGUCAACGAGCUGGCGGAUUUGUCCGAGGGAGAGUUAGUUGCAUGGCUUCAAGCUCGAGGAGCUUCUUACGAAUCGGCGGACUCUAGUGAGAUCAUCAAGACAGUCGUUUCCGAAUGAUGGGAUGUAGCUUGUGGUGUUGGAGUUGAGCUUUGGUGAGAUAUUCAGGAAAACGUAGCAAAUAGAUAUAUUUGCACAUAUAUACAUAGACGUCCAAAAAGUGAUAAAUGUGUAUAUAUACCGUCCGCCGCUUGCCUGAUAAGCCUGCGAGAUGAAGUGCUGUUUAUCUGUUUUCAUAAGU